AUGCCAUUUCCGAUCAUCGAGCACCGAUUUGAGCGAGUCCGUCGGUACCAGUGCCCAGCCGACUAUGGACCAGCGGCAGGGAACACCGACAAUGCAGUGGGCUCAAAUGUAACGAUGGCCAAUGUUAUGCAGAUACCAGGCCUCAACACCUUCGGAAUAUCGUUGGUCCGUAUCGAUUACGCAGUGGGUGGAAUAAAUCCUCCUCACACGCACCCAAGAGCCACUGAAGUUCUUUUUUUACUGGAAGGCCAGCUUCUUGUGGGUUUCAUUGACACCACUAACAAGUUUUUCAGCAAAACGUUGGAGAAGGGAGAUGUGUUUGUGUUUCCAAAGGCACUUGUGCAUUUCCAGCAGAAUGUGGGGCAUGAAAAUGCGGUGGCCAUAGCUGCAUUGAACAGCCAGCUUCCGGGAGCUCAGACAAUCGCCAACUCUCUGUUUGCAGCGGAUCCUCCUCUCCCAGAUUCCGUAUUGGCCAAGGCCUUCCGCAUCACCCAAGAGCUUGUCGAUUUCAUUCAGAAGAAAUUUGCAUAA